GAAGAAACAGUAUCUUGGAUGCGCUGGGGGUAAGCAGAUAAACAUCAAAUUUCCAGACAAAUCCAGACAAAAGUCAGUUGGCUCCUCAGUGACUACUUCACUCAGAGAAGCGCUCAACCUCAGCUGUCAAUCAUGACAUCUCACCCCUGUUUUUAUAGUAUCAAGUAACUAACUAAAACCAAACUUAUUUAAAGACGAACACUAGAAUUAACACCAGCGUGAUAAAAACUGCCUAAUGAGACAUAAAUUGUGUUUGGGAAAAAAAAUUUUGAAGUGUAAUUUAAUUUAGUUUGUCUCACAUCCCACUGUAAUACAUGGUGAGGGCGGGGUUUAUGACCUAUACUGCAUCCAGCCACCUGGGGGCGAUCAAGAAGCUUUGGCUUCACUUUUCAGGACUCGUGUGGCAUGCGUGUGCUUGACCAGAAGAAGCGGAAGCAGCGACUGUGGCAUAAUAAAAGUUCCGCUGCUCUCGAGCCGUGUGUCGCGCUCGUCUCUCAUUAGCAAUCGCUCCAGCAGCCUCGUUCCGCUCCCGCAGCACUCGGCCCCGCUUUGCUUCAUACUACAGUAACGUUAAUAAUUUCACCCAUGAACAUGAUUUCUGCCCGAGUCCUGUCCCGAUUCUCUUCCACCGGUUGUGAGGCGAAGACGACAAUUCCCAAGAUUUCACGCUCAAUCUCGGCGUCAUCUCGCCUUUGUUUUGAAUAGGCGACCUCCAGCGGCAAAAAAGUACAUAGUGUGCCUUUAAAUAAGUUAUUGAUUUAAGUGGUUUAAUAAUAAGCAUAAAUAAAAAGAAUACAUUUUUUUUUGAAUUUGACAAAAUUCUAUUUUAAAUAGAAAAUUGCGAUUUCAAUUUGUUGAUAGAAUUUAGAAACUACCCUUUUUUUUCUUUUCUUUUUCUUUUUUGCAUUGUCCACCUUAACCAAAUCAGUUUACAAAAAAAAAAAAAAAAAAAAAAAAAAAUUAAAUGGUCAAUUGACUUUCACAAGUAAAAGUGGAAAAAUAAAAGUUUGAAAUAAACGGAACAGGCCUAACAAAUAUAAUAACAAAAAUAAUGAGCAUCAAUAAAAAUAUAUAUAAUAACUAAUAUAUAUAAUAAUAUAAAUAUCAGUUGUCUUGUAAUUUGCCAUAUUAAAGAGUCAGUGUAAGAAUAGUUUGUGUGUUUGUUUAAGUGCUGACGUACCGUUGACAGGCAGUAGAGAGCAUUGCUGCACAUGUUCAAAAGACUGGACACAUCAGGGUCCGAGAGUCCAGACCUGUAAUGCGCCUGCUGUUUGUCUCGCGUCUUGGCAGCCGCCGGUUGCGGUACAGGGGGAGAGCAGCAGCAGGGCUGAUAAAGCGCGUCUGCCCGGAGGGGUGGAGAGGAGGGCAGAGACAGACAGAGGGCAGGACUGGCAGGGUGCGGCUGCUUCAGUAGCAUCUGAGCUCGGGUCACUUCCAUUUCCAUCUCAACUGAGAGCCGCGCGCCACAGCGCAGUAGUCAAACAGCCGAGCCGGGAGCCAGAAACCGCUGCGGGGACGCGCACUCUGACCGCGGCUCUGCGCAACCAGGACCCGCCUGCAGGCGACUCUCAACGCGCGUGCCAAGAUAAACGGAACUUCUCUAUUUAUUCCCCCUGUCUCCGCUUGGACUGAGAGAAAGCGAGUUUUACAGACCUGAGAGGAGGACUGACGAGCUGGCACCAACCUCUCCGUCAACCAACCGCCUGAGGAUCCCAACGUCUGCCGGGGUGUCUUUCCGUGCGUAAAAGGAUGGUGAGCGCCAGGUGUCCUAAUAGACUGGUCCUCCUCCCCCUCCGGUGAUCUUGCGCGGGGACUGAAGCUGAGAUUGGGGGGAGGAGGGUCGCUUUACCAUCAUCUUCACCAUCUUUGACACUCCAUCUUUUGGAGUGCCCGCUUGCACCGGUUGGCAUGAGACUCUCCACAGCAGCGGCGCUCCUCACCGGCUUCAUCUUGGCUUUCUCGCCUGCGUACGACAGCUGUGGACCGGGCAGAGGUUACGGCAAGAGACGGACUACAAGGAAACUCACGCCGCUCGCCUAUAAGCAGUUCAGUCCAAACGUAGCCGAAAAAACACUGGGAGCCAGUGGGAGAUAUGAGGGGAAGAUAACUCGCAGCUCCGAGCGCUUUAAGGAGCUGACGCCCAACUACAACCCGGACAUCAUCUUCAAGGAUGAGGAGAACACAGGUGCGGACCGCAUGAUGACUCAGCGCUGUAAGGAUAAGCUGAACUCCCUGGCCAUCUCUGUGAUGAACCUGUGGCCAGGCGUGCGUCUGCGCGUGACAGAGGGCUGGGAUGAAGACGGCCAUCACUCUGAAGAGUCUCUGCAUUAUGAGGGCAGGGCGGUUGACAUCACUACCUCGGACCGCGACCGGAACAAGUACGCCAUGCUGGCCCGUCUGGCAGUGGAGGCCGGCUUCGACUGGGUCUACUACGAAUCCAAAGGCCACAUACACUGCAGUGUCAAAUCAGAUCACUCAGUAGCAAUAAACACAGGAGGCUGUUUCCCUGGAGAGGCUCUGGUGACAAUGGAGGACGGCACACAUAGACCAAUCCAUGACCUGCGAGCAGGAGAUCUUGUUCUGGCCUCAAUGGGAAGUGAUGGGACAGGCGACCUCAUCUACAGCGAAGUUCUCACCUUUCUGGACCGUAGCCCUAUUACCCAGAAGCACUUUUAUGUGAUCAGCACUGAGGAUGGGGCCAACGUCUCUUUAACAGCAGCUCAUUUACUGUUUGUUUGGGUUGGAAACUGCUCCAGAGGGGGCCAGCCAACGCCGGGAGCCCUCCGGGCGAUAUUUGCCAGUGAUGCCCAGCCAGGGCAGUGUUUGCUGAUCGUCGAUGAAGGGGAACUCAGGAAGCGUGUUUCACGGAUCACUCGAGUGGAGGUGCGGGAGGACCAGGGGGUUUACGCCCCACUCACUGCCCAUGGGACUUUGGUGGUGAAUGGCGUGGUCACCUCAUGUUACGCCGCGGUAAACAAACAACGGCUAGCUCACUGGGCAUUUGCGCCUCUGCGCCUGUUGUACAGCUGGACCGGACCGGAUCGGAUCCUUAAGAACGGCUUACACUGGUACUCUCAGGUCCUACUCAGUGUGGGAACACUACUGCUAGACUCUGAACUAUUCCACCCUUGGGCCUUAGAAGAAAAUGAAAGAUGAUGGAUUGAAAAGAAACGCAGAGAUGGGCGAAGAGAGUUGACUGAAUGCUCAGGGUUUGUGACUUAGGGGAUGGUGCUAAGUGCUACGAUGCAAUGCAUACCGAAAGCAGACUUUUUAACUACUUAAAGGGAUAGUUCACACAAAAAUGAAACUUGCCCCAUGAUUUACUCACCCUCAAGCCAUCCUAGGUGUAUAUGACUUUAUUCUUUCAGACGAAUACAUUCGAAGUUAUAUUGAUAAAUAUC